GGAUGAAGGACGCUCUGCGCCUUAGGAGAGCUCCGGUCCGUCAGGAGCCCGUGCGCUCCGUCUCCUUCCGCCGACGGACCCAGGAAAACCUCCCAUCACCCAUUUUCGUAGCCCCUCCAAUCAAACCCCCUCCAGUCCGCUGGAAGUGCCUCAUCGGUCGCCAAAACCGCCUGCAUCUUCCAUCGCACCACCCAUUGCGCAUCGAGAGACAGCUACAUACCUACCUACGGACCUACACGCACACCUACGCCAGGUAGGACCGACCUCGAAUCCCCUCCAAGAGCGCAUCCACCCACCUGCUCAAACCCGCGGCUACUAUGUAUCGCCAAACCCUGACUCGGCUCCCAACCCGCGGCCUCGCCAUCGCCUCCUACCGCCGAGCAUUCACCACCACCGUUCGCGCCAUGGCCGAGGGCGACACCGGCGCCCCGAAUAGGCUGGGCAGCUUGGGCGGCCCGAGCGACGCCUUCCACAAGCGCGAGAAGGCCAACGAAGACUACGCCAUCCGCCAGCGUGAGAAGGAGAAGCUGCUCGAGCUGCGCAAGAAGCUCCGCGAGCAGCAGGAGCACCUUCAGAAGCUGUCCGACCACAUCGACGAAUUGACCAAGGACGACCCCGAGAGCGAGCAAAAACAGUAAAGCUCGCUCCUCGUCCGUCCCGGCGAGCAAGCAUUCCGAAUCAAGAAAAGAAAAAAAAAAUCUUUACAUAGAAGGGAUAACCGAGGCUCUCUCCGCGAGGAUGGGAUGCAGGAAUAGUUCCGACAUGGAUAAGUGGGGCGAGUACGAAUCGCGACGAGGCCCCGGCUCGAGGAGGAGGGUGAUAGGAGAGGGGGCCUCUAGUGCGUCGACGUCUGAGGGCCGGUCAACUUGCUACUAGACGGACGAAUGUGAAAACAGGUGGAAGAGAACACAAGGACAAGAGAGAACCUCUUUACAGCAACGAUAGCAACGGAAUCGUGUCGUCAUCGUCGUCUUCUUAGUCGUCGUCCCUACUAGACUUUAUCAUCGCAUUAACCCAUUUACGCCCUGUAGUGUACAUAAAAACAUGCCCUCUAUCGUUGCCGACGUGACACGGCCUAUGAGGUCUGAUUCGCACAUAAUGGAUGCCCACCCCCGCCCC